AUGGUCGCCAUUCACAACCGAGACCUUAAGCCGCAAGAUCAGCGUCUAAAAAUAGCCCCUAGGAACGAGAGCGACAACGAUGCCAACAGUGAUACCGACAACGACGGUGACGACGACGGUGAUGCAGCCCCUAUUGAAGAGCCACGAUCAGAUAUUAUAAGGCCCGGUAAAGAUGCGCCAUUGACGGAAGGAGACCUCCCGAACUACACGACAUCUGCUCCUUUCCCUGUUGGACUCGACACGUACGUGAACGGGAGAUGA